AGCAGAUUGUUUUCGGAUCAAAGGAAAGGUGCUUGGUCUGAGUGACCUUGACUUGAUAUAAAAGUCAAUAGUAUCCAGGGACUAACAUCUGAAUCAUUUACUUAACCGGUACCUGAUUCGUAAUAUUACCUAAAGUUGCCAAAAUGAUGGACAUGUCGGACUUUGGGGAGGCAGCUCCCUUCCUUAGGAAGAGUGAGAAGGAAUUAAUGAUACAACAGACGGUGGCAUUUGAUGGUAAAAAGAAGUGUUGGAUUCCAGAUAAUAAGGAAGCCUAUCUGGAAGCUGAAAUCAAGGAGACCAGCGGUGACAAAGUCACCGUUGAGGUAGCAGAUGGAAAGACUGUCAUUGUGAAGGAUUCAGAUAUUCAGCAGAUGAAUCCACCUAAGUUUGACAUGAUCGAAGACAUGGCCAUGCUUACGCACCUAAAUGAAGCGUCUGUGCUAUCUAAUCUGAAGAAACGCUACGCUAACUGGAUGAUCUACACCUAUUCUGGCCUCUUCUGCGUGACCGUCAACCCAUAUAAAGCCCUUCCGGUCUACAAGACUGAGGUGGUCAGUGCUUAUAAGGGCAAAAGACGAUCUGAAUCCCCUCCUCAUAUCUUCGCCAUUGCCGAUAAUGCUUACCAUGAUAUGUUACGUAAUCGGGAAAACCAAUCAAUGUUGAUUACUGGAGAAUCUGGGGCCGGCAAAACUGUGAACACGAAACGUGUCAUUCAGUACUUUGCCACUGUUGCUGCUAUUGGAGACCCAACUGGUAAAAAGAAUCAACCAGCAACCAAGACUGGGGGAACACUGGAAGAUCAAAUCAUCCAGGCAAACCCCGCUCUGGAAGCAUUUGGAAAUGCCAAAACGCUGAGAAAUGACAACUCAUCCCGUUUUGGUAAAUUCAUACGAAUCCAUUUUGGCACUACUGGCAAGUUGUCAUCUGCUGACAUAGAAAUUUAUUUACUGGAAAAAUCCAGAGUAAUUUUUCAGCAACCUGGAGAGCGAAGUUAUCACAUCUUUUACCAGAUAACAAGUGCUAAAAAGAGUGAACUGCAAGAUUUGUUGUUGGUGAGCACAAAUCCUUAUGACUUUCACUUUAGCUCACAAGGUGUGGUCACAGUGGAUAACUUGGAUGACGGGGAAGAGCUUUUGGCAACUGAUCAAGCAUUUGAUAUUUUAGGAUUUAUUCCUGAAGAAAAAUAUGGUGCUUACAAGCUGACAGGUGCCAUCAUGCAUUUUGGAAAUAUGAAAUUUAAACAGAAGCAAAGGGAAGAACAGGCAGAGGCUGACGGCACAGAGAAUACUGACAAGGCUGCCUAUCUGAUGGGUAUCAGCUCUUCUGAGUUGGUAAAGGGCUUAAUGCACCCCAGAGUAAAAAUUGGGAAUGAGUACGUGACCAAAGGUCAGACAGUAGAACAGGUUGUCUAUGCAGUCGGUGCAUUGGCCAAAGGCAUUUAUGACCGAAUGUUUAAGUGGCUGGUGGUUCGCAUUAACAAGACACUGGACACAAAGUUACCCAGACAGUUCUUUAUCGGCGUUCUUGAUAUUGCUGGAUUUGAAAUUUUUGAUUUUAACAGCUUUGAACAGCUUUGCAUUAAUUUCACGAAUGAAAAACUGCAACAGUUUUUCAAUCACCACAUGUUUGUCUUGGAACAAGAAGAAUACAAAAAAGAAGGCAUCGAGUGGGAGUUCAUUGACUUUGGGCUAGACUUGCAGGCCUGCAUUGAUCUGAUUGAAAAGCCAAUGGGGAUCUUGUCAAUCCUUGAAGAAGAGUGCAUGUUCCCUAAGGCUACAGACAUGACUUUCAAAUCCAAACUUUAUGACAACCAUGUUGGAAAAUCACCCAACUUCCAAAAGCCCAGGCCAGACAAGAAAAGGAAAUACGAAGCUCAUUUUGAACUUGUGCAUUAUGCUGGUGUGGUACCAUACAAUAUUAUGGGCUGGCUAGAAAAAAACAAAGAUCCACUAAAUGAAACAGUGGUGGGUCUCUUUCAAAAAUCUUCCAACAAAUUGUUGGCUUGCCUUUUUGAGAAUUAUAUCAGUUCUGAUAGUGCUGACCAAGGUGGUGAGAAGAAGCGCAAGAAGGGUGCCUCCUUCCAAACAGUGUCAUCAAUGCACAAAGAAAAUCUGAAUAAAUUGAUGACCAAUCUUAGAUCGACGGCACCACAUUUUGUGCGUUGCAUUAUCCCCAAUGAAACAAAGACCCCAGGGGCAAUGGAUCCAUUCCUUGUUCUUCAUCAGCUACGCUGUAACGGUGUCCUGGAGGGAAUUCGUAUUUGCCGUAAAGGUUUUCCAAACAGAGUAUUGUAUGCUGAUUUCAAACAAAGAUACCGAAUCCUCAACCCAAAUGCUAUUCCUGAGGACAAGUUUGUAGACAGCAGAAAAGCCUCUGAAAAGCUUUUGGGCACUUUGGAUAUUGACCACACUCAGUAUCGUUUUGGACAUACUAAGGUAUUUUUCAAGGCUGGGCUCUUAGGCCACCUGGAAGAAAUGAGAGAUGAACGAUUAGCAAAGAUUCUCACACUGAUUCAAGCAAGAGCCAGGGGUAAACUAAUGCGCAUUGAAUUUCAAAAGAUCUUGGAAAGAAGGGAUGCACUGCUUGUUAUUCAGUGGAAUAUCCGGGCUUUUAUGGGCGUCAAGAAUUGGCCUUGGAUGAAACUGUUCUUCAAGAUCAAACCUUUACUGAAAUCUGCAGAAACAGAGAAAGAAAUGGCAAACAUGAAAGAAGAGUUCUUAAAGCUGAAAGAGGCUUUGGAAAAAUCUGAAGCAAGAAGGAAAGAACUUGAAGAAAAACAAGUGUCUUUGGUGCAGGAGAAAAAUGACCUAACCCUUCAGCUGCAAGCGGAGCAAGAUACUCUGGCUGACGCAGAAGAGCGAUGUGACUUACUCAUUAAAACCAAGAUCCAAAUGGAGUCAAAAAUCAAAGAUCUCACAGAGCGCAUAGAAGACGAGGAAGAAAUGAACUCAGAGCUAAGUUCUAAGAAACGAAAGUUAGAGGAUGAAUGUUCUGAACUUAAAAAAGAUAUUGAUGAUCUUGAAAUUACUUUGGCAAAAGCAGAAAAGGAAAAGCAUGCUACUGAGAAUAAGGUGAAAAACUUAACAGAAGAAAUGGCAGCUCUUGAUGAAACUAUUAGCAAAUUAACUAAGGAGAAAAAAGCUUUACAGGAGGCUCAUCAGCAAACUCUUGAUGACCUUCAAGCUGAAGAAGACAAGGUCAACUCGUUGACGAAAAUGAAAACAAAACUUGAGCAGCAAGUGGAUGAUCUUGAGGGUUCACUAGAGCAAGAAAAAAAGAUCAGGAUGGAUUUGGAGAGGGCCAAGCGAAAGCUUGAGGGGGACCUGAAGCUGACACAAGAAAGUCUCAUGGAUGUUGAAAAUGAUAAGCAGCAAAUGGAGGAAAAGUUUAAGAAAAAAGAGUUUGAAAUGAGCCAGCUAACUUCUAAAAUUGAAGAUGAGCAAGCUAUAGUGAUUCAGAUGCAGAAGAAGAUUAAGGAGCUUCAGGCUCGUAUAGAAGAGUUAGAAGAAGAAUUGGAAGCAGAGAGAGCAGCUCGAGCAAAGGUAGAGAAACAGAGAUCUGAUCUUUCCAGAGAGCUGGAAGAAUUAAGUGAACGACUUGAAGAAGCUGGAGGGGCAACAUCUGCCCAGUUGGAAAUGAACAAAAAACGGGAGGCAGAAUACUUAAAAUUAAGGAGGGAUCUUGAGGAAGCAACUUUACACCAUGAGGCCACAGCUUCAGCCCUUCGAAAGAAGCAUGCAGACAGCGUGGCCGAGUUGAGUGAGCAGAUUGACAAUCUACAGAGAGUGAAACAGAAACUGGAGAAAGAGAAGAGUGAACUGAAGCUUGAAGCUGAUGAUCUGGCUUCGAAUUUGGAGCAGCUAGCCAAAGGAAAGGGUAUAUCAGAAAAGCUUUGUCGUACAUAUGAAGACCAGCUAAAUGAAACUAAGGCAAAGUUAGAUGAGAUGACCCGCCAGGUGAAUGAGCUGUCCAGCCAGAAAGGAAGACUCCAAACUGAGAAUGGAGAGUUUUCUAGGCUUCUGGAAGAAAAGGAAUCUUUAAUAAGCCAACUAUCUCGGGGAAAAUCUUCUUUCACACAACAAAUUGAGGACCUUAGAAGACAACUAGAAGAAGAAACUAAGGCCAAAAAUGCACUAGCUCAUGCUCUGCAGUCUGCAAGACAUGACUGUGAUCUUCUUCGAGAGCAAUUUGAUGAGGAGCAGGAAGCUAAAGCUGAACUCCAGAGGAGCUUAUCAAAAAGCAAUGCUGAAGUGGCAUCAUGGAGAAAUAAAUAUGAAACAGAUGCCAUCCAGAGAACAGAGGAGCUUGAAGAAGCAAAGAAAAAGUUGGCUGCGCGUCUUCAGGAAACAGAGGAAGCAGUGGAGGCAGCUAAUGCCAAGUGUGCCUCUCUGGAUAAAACAAAGCACCGUUUGCAGAACGAACUUGAAGACAUGAUGAUUGACUUGGAGAGAUCAAAUGCUGCAGCGGCAGUCAUGGACAAAAAGCAGCGCAAUUUUGACAAAAUCAUUACUGACUGGAAGCAGAAAUUCGAGGAAUGCCAGGCCGAGCUGGAAUCCUCUCAGAAGGAAGCACGUAGCCUAAGCACUGAGCUGUUUAAGUUGAAGAAUGCUUAUGAAGAAGCCCUAGAUAUUUUGGAGACUGUCAAAAGAGAGAAUAAGAAUCUUCAAGAGGAAAUUUCAGACUUGACAGAUCAGAUAAGUGAAGGAAACAAGAGCCUCCAUGAGAUAGAAAAAGUGAAGAAACAAGUGGAGCAAGAAAAGUCUGAGGUGCAGUUAGCUUUGGAGGAAGCAGAGGGUGCGUUGGAGCACGAAGAAAGCAAGUCCCUUCGCUUCCAAUUAGAAUUGUCUCAGAUCAGAGCAGAAUUUGAAAGAAAACUUGCAGAAAAAGACGAAGAAACAGAAAAUAUAAGGAGAAACCAGCAACGUAUCAUUGAGUCACUACAAUCCAACUUGGAAUCCGAGGCCAAGAGUAGAAGUGAAGCAGUUCGAAUUAAGAAAAAAAUGGAAGGGGAUUUGAAUGAAAUGGAAAUUCAGCUAAGUCAUUCUACUCGUCAGGCAACAGAAGCCACAAAGGCACUACGUACUCUUCAGGCCCAGAUCAAGGAUCUUCAAGUUGAGCUGGAUGAUUCCAUUCACUUUAGUGAAGACCUGAAGGAACAGCUGGCUGUUGGUGAGAGAAGGAACACUCUCCUCCAGUCUGAGCUGGAGGAACUUAGAGCCGGCUUGGACCAAACAGAGCGAGCUAGGAAACUGGCAGAACAAGAACUUCAUGAAGCUACAGAGAGAGUUAAUUUGCUCCAUUCCCAGAACACCAGCCUGAUUAACCAGAAGAAAAAGUUGGAGAGUGACCUUUCUAAUAUGCAGAAUGAAGUGGAAGAGGCAAUUCAGGAAUGCAGAAAUGCUGAAGAAAAAGCAAAGAAAGCAAUCACUGAUGCUGCCAUGAUGGCAGAAGAAUUGAAGAAGGAACAAGAUACAAGUGCUCACCUUGAAAGAAUGAAAAAGAACAUGGAGCAGACAAUCAAAGAUCUGCAAAAGAGGCUGGAUGAAGCAGAGCAGAUAGCACUGAAAGGGGGCAAAAAGCAGAUUCAAAAAUUGGAGUCCAGGGUACGGGAGUUGGAAAGCGAACUUGAAGUGGAGCAGCGUCGUAAUGCGGAUUCACUGAAAGGAGUGCGCAAGUUUGAAAGACGCAUCAAGGAGCUUACAUACCAGUCAGAGGAAGAUAAGAAAAAUCUAAUUCGUAUGCAAGAUCUGAUCGAUAAGUUGCAACUUAAAGUAAAAAGCUACAAACAUCAAUGUGAAGAAGCGGAAGAACAGGCCAACCAGUAUUUGGCUAAGUACAAAAAACUGCAACACGAGUUGGAUGAGGCCCAAGAGAGGGCUGACAUUGCAGAGUCUCAAGUAAAUAAACUCCGGAGCAAGACAAGAGACGCUGGAGGAAAGGUGCGUGAAGAGGAAUGAAGAUACUGCAACCUAACGUUGUGUGUGCCUUCAAGUAGCACAAGGGGAGCUUAAUAUAAGCCCUUCUUCUGAGAAUCAGGAGAUACAAAGUUCAAAAACAGCUGGAGAUCUUCCUUUAAGGCAACCCUUCUGUUUCUUGUGCACUUUGAGUUAUAAAAACAGCAUUGCAAAAUAAAAAUAUCAAUCAU